AUGACCUGGUCUAGUAAUUUGAUGCCUUUAAUUGCCAUAGCUGACUAUAAUGCUGCUAAACCAGUAAUUGGGGAUGACAUCUUCCUGAGUAACCUGAUUAACUAUACAGGCAAUACUUUAGAUUAUUGCAAUGUAUGCAGGUGGGUCCAUCGUCUGAAAGAUGAAAAUGUGGGAACUGUAAGUGUAGCCAAUAAACUCCGUUCUGGCCGGCCGUCUUCUUCUGUGAAUCCUGCCAAUAAAGCAAAAGCAGAUGCUCUGAUCAGAGAAGACAGGUGCAUAACUCUUGAUGAGUUGGCUGAAAACUUUGAAGUGAGUCACGGAAGUGCUUACAACAUUGUCAAAUCACUUGGCUUUUCAAAAGUGUGUGCUCGUUGGGUACUGAGAGAGCUGACUACCGAACACAAGACUGACAGGGUCAAUGCCUGCACUGAACUUCUCGAACAAAGUCAAAGAGACAACACCUUCUUUUGA